CACUGUACUUUUCUUCACUGCUGCAACCUUCCAAAAGAAUACUGUGUACAUCAUUUAUAUAAAGAUUGGGGUUUGUUGUGUUCGUACUUCCAAAUCAUUGUGUAUUUUACAAGUUUUCCAGACAAUGAAUGGUGAAAUUUGAGGUGGUGAGAGAUGUUUUCCUCGAGAUUUGAGUAGAAGAGGAGAGAAGCAAAGGGAAACGAAAGUGAGGGGAGGGGAAGCGUUAUUUCCUUUUUCCAUGGAUUACGAACGAAUCGAGAAGACCCAGUCUGGUGGCGGCGGAUUCUCUCCGGGAAAACUCAGGAGCAUGUUAAUGGGAGCUGAGAGAAGGAAGAAACAAGAAGAGCUUGAAUUUUCUCCCGCACUGAGAUCUGGGCCAAAUCAAAUUGAUGAUCCUGCUGUUAAUGGAUCGGAUGAUUGCAAAGACGUAGAUGUUGUGAGUGAUCAUAGACCGAGGGAUCAAUCUCUGCUCAACUCUCGAGCUGGACUUCAAGUUCAAGAGCAUCUUCUGGAUUAUAACAAUGGGGAUGAAGCCAUGUGCUUUUCGACAUCCGUUUUCGAGUUCCAGAAGGCAGAAAAGGCUCCCCAGAGAAUACCCAUUGGACCAUUCUCUAAGCCAACUCCUUCCAAAUGGGACGAUGCCCAGAAAUGGAUAGCGAGCCCCACGCCUAAUCGAUCCAAGGCGGGGCAGAUUCAGGUUCCCGGGUCUAAGAAAGCGCCUACCUUUGGUUAUGGAAGCCGCCAAUUCUCUAUGAAGAUGGUCGAAGUUUCGGAUCAGAAAAUGGUUGAUUUCGAAGAACCACAUACAAAGAGAAUAGAUGUAUCCGAGGCUAAAAAGGUCGACCCGUAUAAAACAGCUGUUGAAUCAUAUGUCAAGCCAGUUCUCAUGGUUGAGAACACUGUUUCAGAAACAGCGAUUAAUCUUAGUCAGCAUGACUCAUCAAUCUCCACUGCAUUUAUUCAACCCCCUCCAACAGCCAGAUCAGUGUCGAUGAGGGACAUGGGAACAGAGAUGACGCCCAUUGCUAGCCAAGAACCUUCCAGAACCGGGACACCGGUUAGGGCAACAACUCCAAUCCGAAGUCCGAUCUCUUCCAUGCCUUCAAGUCCCGGGAGACAAGCAACGGCAUUCCCCAUGAAUCUUGACGGUUUAGGGAUGGGGACAAACAAGGAGAUGUCGGAGAAGGAGCUUCAGAUCAAAACCAGGAGAGAGAUUAUGAUGCUGGGUACACAGCUUGGUAAAUUGAAUAUUGCUGCAUGGGCUAGCAAAGAGGAGGAAGACAAUGAUGCUUCAUCAUCGCUGAAAACCCGAGCUUCCGAACAAGCUGUGAAAACUGCCUCUGAAGCUCGUGCAAAUGCGUGGGAAGAGGCGGAAAAGGCUAAGUACUUGGCUAGGUUCAAACGUGAAGAAAUGAAAAUUCAAGCAUGGGAGAAUCAUCAGAAUGCGAAAUCUGAAGCCGAAAUGAGGAAAAUAGAGGUGGAAGUUGAGAGGAUAAAGGGGAAAGCACAAGACAGGUUAAUGAAGAAAAUAGCGGCAGUCAGCCACAAAGCUGAGGAGAAAAGAGCGGCUGCUGAGGCCAAGAGAGACUGUGAAGCGGCCAAGACAGAGAAACAGGCCGACCAGAUCAGAAAGACUGGCAAAGUGCCCUCUUCUUUCUCUUGCUUCUGGUUAUGUUCUUGAUACAGUCAAGAACCAAAUGGAACUCAUGGAUAAUGUAUUAUGCAUAUUUGUGUAUUUGUGUGCGUGUGUGUAUAUAUAUGCAACUGUAACGAUCAGCCGUUGGGAAAAUGAUGUCCUGUAAUGAAAUUUUGGGAAUUUUAAGGAGAGUAAGGACAAUAUUGGUUUAA